UGACAUCACGGCUUUAAAUAUUCCCGUUGCUUUUUCUUCCCUCCCUCCCUCCUAUGCUCACCAUCUUCACCACACAAGUGAUUAAAACCAGAUUCUGAGUUCAACUAUGGUUUUGUAACUGUGUCGAGCUUUUGGGACAUCGUAAGAAACGAUUUACUUUGGUGGAUACCUGUGCUAAUAGCAUUCGUGUGAGCGUUGUCUAUCCGACUUUCUCCCAGCCUUUUAGUGUGUGAAUUACAGCGAUCUUCCAGCUGGUCACUUGCCUUGAAAAGCGGUUAUAGGAAUACUCCGCAGAAAGGGUGGGUGAAGAGUAGGCUACUCAGAAAUAAAGCUUCCCGUCGCGUGUGGUUGAAGACCCCUUUCAUCUGGAAAAGUUCAAAAACUUGCAAUGUCUCUCUCCGUACCCAAUGGAGUGAAGUCUGAUGACGAGCCCGUUAUCGAGCUCUUUGUGAAGGCGGGGAGUGAUGGUGAAAGCAUCGGGAACUGUCCCUUCUCCCAGAGGCUCUUCAUGAUCCUGUGGCUGAAGGGUGUGGUCUUCAACGUCACCACGGUCGACCUCAAGAGGAAGCCAGCAGACCUGCAGAAUCUGGCCCCGGGCACACACCCUCCCUUCAUCACCUUCAAUGGGGAGGUCAAGACGGACGUCAACAAGAUUGAGGAGUUUCUCGAGGACGUCCUCAGCCCGCCUAAGUUCACCAAGCUUGGCGCCAGACACCCGGAGUCUAACACUGCUGGGAUGGACAUCUUUGCCAAGUUUUCAGCCUUCAUCAAGAACUCUAAACCAGAUGCCAACGAGGGUUUGGAGCGAGGCCUGUUGAAGACUCUCCAGAAGCUGGACGAGUAUCUGAGCUCCCCGCUGCCUGACGAGAUCGACCACAACAGCAUCGAGGACAUCAAGGUGUCCUCCCGCAAGUUCCUGGACGGGGAGGACAUGACGUUGGCGGACUGCAACCUGCUGCCCAAGCUGCACAUCGUCAAGGUGGUGGCCAAGAAGUACAGAGGCUUCGACAUCCCCAAGGACAUGACAACCAUCUGGAAGUACCUGAACAAUGCCUACACGCGCGAGGAGUUCACCAACACCUGCCCCAGCGACAAGGAGAUUGAGAUCGCCUACGCAGAUGUGGCCAAGAGGCUGGUCAAAUAAGCCCCUAUCUCACUGUUACCCCCCCCCCUCCCUUCUUGACCCUACCCCCUCCUGACCCCCCCCCCUCCUGACCCUACCC